AUGUUGCCUCGCAAGCUUGCGGUGACCACUGACAUUGAAAGGCAGCAGCUGCUAGACGAAACGAAAGUCUUUGGGGAGUUUACUGGCUGCACGCCAAACGAGGGCCUUCAAUGCGGAUGUGUUCCACAAGCAUGGCUGGCAAUCUUGGUUUCCGUUCUUCAGAUCUUUCUCUAUGCACCUCUGGCGCUCUUUUCCAACAUCUAUUACGAUCGAUGGGUGGGUGCCAAGAUUCUCCUGCGCAUGUGCUGGCUGGGAAUGGAACCAUGGACCGCAAACAUUGCUCUACUGUUCGGGAUGGGAAACUUGCAUCAGACCCUUAGGUUGCAGGAGUGCUCAGUCCCAUCCAAACGCCUACAGGGAAGCCAUCAAAGGGUCAGGAACUCUUUCAUGAGCGACGUGCUUGGCAGCGACUUCAUCAUGGGUGAAGGAGACUACGAUUACUGGAUGCCGUCUUGGAUCCUAUGGCUGGGAGCACAGGUGCUUUCACGCAUGGCUUUGUUAUACUACCCGAACACUCUCGAACCUGAGAAACUUGUCAGAUGUGACAGAGUUGAGUUCGAUGAGAUAUGUGAAACGACGAUAGAGCGAUUCGGAGCUCAAUUUGGUGCCCGUGUAGAUCUGUCCGCAGAAAGGCAUUCAGAACUGGGGGCAAUUCGCUUGUGCGUUGAAGGUUUGGGAGCAUCUGCCUUGGAAAGAAGAGGCUCCUCAUAUGUGGUGGAUUACAGUUCCAUAGAAGCUAUGCCUGUGAGAGAGGGCUACAUGAGGAUGGGUGGAUGCAUGCGACUGUCUUCGUCUCUCGACCAUGUAGAAGGACUCGACCUUUUCGGGAAGACCUACCUUCCAACCGAUCCCGAGUGGGCUGGUGCUUUGCACAUUUUCCGGUGUACUUGUGGUGCGGCUCUGAUCUUCUACCCGCACACCAUCUCAUGCCACUACCUUCGUGGUGGCUUCACUGCAACUGUUGUGCGCGAGAUGGAUCCUGACCAUCCAUGGCGAAGGGUUCUGACGCCCUUCACAGUGAUGACUCUGCAUGUCAACUGGGGAGCCAAGAGCAUCAUAUCCGGUCCGGGAGCAAUCUUCGAUCGGCUGGGCCCCUUUACUCAGUGGUCCACUCAGGAGUUAUUCAGGUCAGCCUGCCGCCAGUUCCGAGUCGAAAGCCUGGCAAGCAACCUGCAGCGAAGAGGGGUGAGCGACCUCGGAAAAGAAGAGUACCCGUAUGGAUACUGGGGUCUUAAGUUGUAUUCGAUUUUUGAGACUUUUGCAAGGGAGUACAUAGACCACUACUGGCCGACUGAUGCAAGUGUCACUGCAGACGCCGGACUGCGAUGGUUCUUUGAUCAAUACAGCCGCCUUUUGCCGGAGAUCUGUGAACACGCUCCUUCGGGCCGUGUCUCUGCACGAGAAGAGCUUGUCACAUUCUUAGCCUCGCAUAUUUGGGAGGUGACUGCUGUGCAUGAGCACACUGGCCAUGUGGGUGAUCUCCUGCGACAGUACGACAUGUUCCACACUCAUGUGGUUGAAGGGAGUCUGGAGAAUGUGGAGAGUUUGUUGCCCUCCCUGCCGUCUCGGUUGUCGCUUCUCUUCGCGAGGGCACUAACGUCGAGGCCCGGUGCAAAGCUCUACCAAGCAGAUCCCCGUGAACUAUCGCGGUUCUUCCUGGAUAGCUGUGACCCAGCCAUCUCCGACCGCUUCAUGGCCUCAUUGCAGAAACUGCAUGAAGAAAUUGCAGUAUUCGACGCAGAGCAGCCUGACAGUCUGGUGUUCAAGUCUUUUGACCCUUACGUUCUGGAGAUCUCUGUCACAGUUUGA